UUUAAAAUAGCCGUCAGUGAGUAAGCUAGGCUACCUGUGACUUCCCACUUCAGCUGAGGAAGGAAAAAAACAGCCCCGGAACGUUCGAAACAUGAGUUGCUCCCUCUCAAAAAGACUUACAGAGAAACUGCUCCUUAAAACGGACAACCAUUUCUGGCUCUUUCUCCAAAUGUCUCUUCGUUUCAGGGAAAUCAAUAAGGAUCGUUCUGCUGCUAUCUCUUGCCUUACAAGAUAAUUUUGUGCAUUACAACUUUUGAAUAUCAAGUUGAGGAUUAUUUCUUUAUUUUUCUGUAAUAAAAUAUGCCAGGUCGGUUUACUCUCAUUUUUCAUUGGAUUUCAAUAUGUUGUUUUUUGUAUGCUGUUUUACGGGUAGGAUAAGGAAACAAAAAAGGUGUGACAAGCGCUUGACUGAAAACUGGGCUUCUGUACUUAGCCUAACUCCUACCAAAGGGGGAUGAGGGGGCAUCAAGCGGAUUCCCCUCUAUGAUUGAUUAGUUAUUAGUCAUCACUUGGCUAAAUGAAACCAAUUGAAAAGGCACCGUGGAACACAUGCAUGAAUCAAAAACUCCUGUGUCCCUUGAAUGUGUCCUGUAGUCUUACUUUUGCUUAAACGUGAAAGGAAAGGGGGUCGUGGCUUAAGAAUAACAGUAUCGCUUUAUGGGUUUAUUUAGACCGAUUCUACGGUUUUGCAGCGGCUAUAAAAACAGAAAAACAACUCGAGAACCUCUCAAAGAACAUUGUUGACGAACGAAUUUUAUAGGCUGGUUAUCCAAAUAUUUAUUUUUAGAUUUUUGUCAUCUUAUCCAUACUGAAAAUGAAACUUUGGACCUCUCCCUGGCUGCCAUGCCUCGUGAUACUCAUCUUGUGUUUUGGAUCAGAGUGCGGGACUGUCCGAAGAAAACAGAGAUCCAAGAGGGACUUGGUGCUUGUAAGGGAGGCGAGAGCCAAUUUCCCAGGAUCUUGUGCCACACGUCUGCCCCGGGGCAAACGUUCUUUGGCCGACGUGGAAAGACGGGUGCCUCGCCAGCUUCGGCGCUCUUCUCAUGCGGAUAACUAUCCGGGUCGGGGAAAACCUGUCUAUUUCACCGGCAGGGGUGACCAGCUCCGGCUUAAACCAGGCGUGGAGAUACCCAGAGGAAAUUUCACUUUGGAGAUGUGGAUCAAACCAGAGGGAGGUCAACGAUCCCCCACGGUGAUUGCAGGCCUGUAUGACAAGUGUUUCUACGCCUCCAGUGACCGUGGCUGGCUGGUGGGUAUCCGAGCGGUCAGCGAGCAGAGCAACCGGGACCCCCGUUUCUUCUUCUCCCUCAAAACUGACCGUGCCCAUAAGUUGGCCUCUGUACACUCCAAUGCUCGGUAUCAGCCGAACCAGUGGGUGCACCUUGCCGUCACCUACGAUGGCCUCUACAUGAAACUUUUUGUUAACGGCGCCCAAGUGGGUGUCAGUCGAGAGCAAUCCGGAGACGUCUUCAGUCCCCUAACAAAAAGGUGUAAAGUGCUGAUGGUGGGGGGGAACGCAUUAAAUCAUAACUACCGUGGAGUGGUGGAGAGGGUUAGUCUAUGGAGACAAGCCUGGGGUCAAAGGCAGAUUAUCAGGGACAUGCAGGGUCAUGAAAAUCAUGAUGCAGCCGAUUUAGUUAUCCGGGAGACCUUUGAAAACCCAUCUAGAAAAUGGCUGACUGUGAAAGACGGUAGUUUUCCUCAACUGGAAGUGGGUGGGAACAGUCGGGCAGGGCUUGGAGGGUUCCUGGACACUACCUUAAAUCCCCCGCAAUGCGGUCAAACCAUCUGCGACAGUGUUGAAGUUGUGACCAACUACAACCGUUUCUGGACUUUCCGGCGGCCUAAGAUGGUGCGAUACCGUGUCAUCAACAUUUGGGAUGACACCAGGCAAAGACCCACAGUCACACCUCAGCAGAUACACCUGCAGCACCAACACCUUAAUGAUGCGUUUAGUGUUUACAACAUCACAUGGGAGCUGAGCGUUCACAACAUCACAAACUCAUCGCUCCGCCAUCGAUUGAUCCUUGCAAACUGCGACAUCAGCAAAGUGGGUGACGAGACUUGUGAUCCGGAGUGUAACCACACUUUGACGGGCUUUGAUGCAGGUGAUUGUAAGAGGCACAGAAGCCGCUGUCCUGAAUACAAGCAGGGUAAUGGUGUGUGUGACCCAGAGUGUAACUGGGACAACUUCUUCUAUGACCAUGGUGACUGCUGCAACCCAAAGGUGACAGAUGUGACCAAAACCUGCUUUAAUCGGUCUUCCCCUCACAGGGCCUAUUUGGACGUGAAGGAGCUGAAAGAAAUCUUGAAUUUGGAUGGCUCCACUUACCUAAAUGUGUUCUUUGCAAACUCAUCUGAUGAAGAUCUGGCAGGCGUAGCCACUUGGCCCUGGGACAAGGAAGCCCUAACACAUUUAGGUGGCAUUGUUCUGAACCCUUCCUUCUAUGGCACAUUUGGUCACACUCACACCAUGAUCCAUGAGAUUGGCCACAGUCUGGGGUUGUACCAUGUAUUCCGGGGGAUCUCUGAGAUUGAAUCAUGCAAUGAUGUGUGUCUGGAGACCGAACCCUCGUUAGAGACAGGAGACCUAUGUGCAGAUACCAACCCAACCCCAAAAUACAAACACUGCAGAGACCCAGAACCAGGCAACGACACCUGUGGCCGCCGACAUUUCACACACACACCAUACAACAACUACAUGAGCUACGCAGAUGAUGACUGUACAGACUCCUUCACCCUCAACCAAGUGGCCAGAAUGCAUUGCUACCUUGACCUUAUUUACCAAACCUGGCAACCGGUGGCUAAACCACCCCCAGUGCCUAUGCCGCCUCAAGUUGUGGAACAACAACAUGAUGCCAUCACUCUGGAGUGGUUCCCCCCCAUCACUGGACACUUCUAUGACAGAGAAGUGGGAUCAGUGUGUGACAAAUGCACCGAGGGCCGGGUCCUGCUUCAGUACGCCUCCAACUCCUCUUCCCCCCGCCCCUGUGCCCCCUCAGGUCACUGGAGCCCUCGCGAGGCUGAAGGACCACCGGAUGUGGAGCAGGCAUGUGAGCCUAGUGUCCGCACAUGGAGCCCAAACGCAGGAACCGAGCAGGGAGUUGUGGGGCUGUCGGAGUGCCCCUUCCAAGGAUGCAUGCUACAACUGGACUUUGCCCACCCCCUGGUGCCUGAGUCCCUCACUGUGUGGGUCACCUUCUUCAGCCCGGAGGAAACUGCCCUACCUGCCAUUCACAACAUCCUCUUACUUACAGUUAGUGGGAACAACCUGUCUUUGGGUCCUAGUGACGUGUUCUGUGAUACACCGUUAACCCUUAAGCUCGAUGUGGAGGAAGAAGUGUACGGGGUGCAGUUCUUUACCAUGGAGCAACACCUGGAGAUUGAUGCAACCCUCUUGACAUCCAAGCCAGAUUGUCCACUGUGUCGGCACCUCCAGCCACUCCGCCAUCGCCUGCUUCGCAAUCCACCAUUUACCCACGCCUCCAAUGGUCUGCUGUUGAAUGACCCUACCAGGCGAUAUACAGACAGGGAUGUGGCGCCAGGUGGUGUGUAUACCUACCAGGUUCAGACCAUCUCAAGUCAUAAUGAGAGUGAGCCCUCACCCCCCCUCAUCCACCAGCUUGGUGCGCCAUACUGUGGAGAUGGCCACAUCCAGAGAUCCCAGGGAGAGGAGUGUGAUGACAUGAACUCGAUGAAUGGUGAUGGCUGCUCCAGCCAAUGCAAGAAGGAACCUUUUUUCAACUGUGUUGACGAGCCCAGCAUGUGCUAUUUCUAUGAUGGCGAUGGUGUGUGCGAAGAUUUUGAGAGGGAGACCAGUGUUAGGGACUGUGGCUUGUACACGCCCAGUGGCUUCCUGGACCAGUGGGCAACUUCUGUGGAAGUGUCACACGAAGAAAAGCUCUACUGUCCUGCCGAGGUUGCCGCUGGCUACCCUCUUGUCACAAAGACAUGUCAGUCCAAGGUCUUUGACCUGUCUGAUGGGGUCUCACAGUAUGCCUGGUUCCCCUGUGAAGAGGCCCAGCAUUCCUCCUCAUACCCUCAUUACUGGCUCAAGGCUUACUUCUCCCACCCCAUGGUGGCUGCAGCCGUCAUCAUUCACCUGGCAGCUGAUGGUACUGGCUAUGUAGACCAGACCCAGUGUAAUGUCACCAUCCAGUUGGUGGACACUAAAGAGGCCAUCCACAGCUUGGGCGACUGGCGUUUGAGUUGUCGGACGAAUCCACUGGUGAUACCUGUAAACCAUGACCUGAGCAUGGCAUUCUACCACACCAAGGCAAUCCUGGUCAUGUUCCGUUCAUCGCUGGUGGCAAUCUCCGGUGUGGGCUUACGUUCCUUCCAGUUCUUUGACCCCAUCACCAUUAGUAGCUGCCAGAGCAAUGAGAUCUACAACCCCAUGGGCCAAAGCUGUGUCCAUUACUCGUGCGAGGCCAUUGACUGCCAGGAACCUCCAAUCCGCAAUGCAGAGCUCAAGUGUAGCAGUCUGGGCUACUUUAACGGCGCACGUUGCACCAUCACCUGCAACUCAGGCUACAUCCUACAAAUCCACAGGGAUGAUGACAUCAUGAAGACCAAGGCAGAAUCCACUGUGACCAUCACGUGUGCCAACGGCAAAUGGAACAAGCAGGUGUCGUGUGAGCCAGUUGACUGUGGCCUACCAGACAAAUACCAUGUCCAUCCUGCUCACUUUACCUUUCCAGAGGGCACCACCUAUGGUAAAAGGAGCAAAUUCCGAUGUAAAGAGCCUGCUCAGCUCAUAGUUUACCCCUUUUUGCACUUGUCUUUUUCCCACUCCCUCAUUCUUAAUAUCCCUGUCUUACUUUCUCUCUAUUUGUCUUACUUCCCCUUUCCCCCUCUCCAUCUCCUCCCAGGUACAAACAACACACUCAAUUGUCUGGAGGAUGGCCUGUGGUCCUUUCCGGAGGCGCUGUGCGAGCUGCGUUGUCCAGCUCCAGCCCCUGUGCCUAACGCCGUCUUGCAGACUAAGCGCUGCAAUGAAACCGGUCUCAAAGUGGGUUCCCUCUGCAAGUACAAAUGCAAGCCAGGCUACCAUGUCAAGAACAAACCCAAGAGGCGUGCAUUCAAGCGGCAGUGCACAGAGGAUGGGAGUUGGCUGGAGGGGGAGUGUGUGCCGGUGACCUGUUCCCCCCCUCCACCAGUUUUCCAUGGAAUGUUUGAGUGCACCACCGGCUUCCGUUUCGACAGCACCUGCCGCCUAAACUGUACAUCCCCCAGCACCGUCGAUACCACCAACCACACGCACUCCAAUGUGAUCCGCUGCAGGAAGGAUGGCAACUGGACUGGAUCGUUCCGCCUCUGCCCUCAGGUCAAGGGUCAGUGUUCUAUACCUCAGAACCUGAACUACAAUGUGCGAGCCAUCUGCAAGAAAGGACAUGGAAUAGGUGAGGAGUGUGACAUGAUGUGCUCAGACAGUAGCAACGACAUUGUGAUCCUACCUAGCAACAUGACAUCAGACAGCGUUCUCAAAGAGCACUGGAGAAAUCCACCCAAAGUCAAGACCAUCGUAUGUACCAUGGGACUGAAGUGGUAUCCACACCCAGCAGAACUUCACUGCAUUAAAGGAUGUGAGCCGUUCAUGGGAGACAACUAUUGUGACUCAGUCAACAAUAGAGCAUUCUGUAACUAUGACGGAGGGGAUUGUUGCCACUCCACUGUCAAGACCAAGAAGGUGAUUCCAUUCCCCAUGUCCUGUGAUAUACUGGAAGACUGUGCUUGUCGAGACCCUAAAGCUCCAGAAAAACUUAGUGGACGAGACCCCGGUGGCCAAGAGAAUGAUCAUUCUCUGGGCUGACCCUUCUGGACUUCAACCAAAUUCCCCAGAACCGAGACCCUUGUCCCCCAACAAUACAGUAAACCCAUACUGGGACUGGGAGGAACCCCACCCCUCUCUUCCAACCUCCUCCAUAUGCUGCUUAAAGAUGUACUUCUCCAGGCAUACUGCACCCCAAGUCAGCCGCCGGCCUCAUUGAAAGAUUGUAUACAUCGAUGAAAUACUGUAUAUAGAAAAAGUCCAGACAUGAGGUAAAACUAAAAUAAUUCCCAACAGAAAGUAAACCCUGCAGAGUCCUUAAAACACUGACAGAAAAAAAAGAGAUAUAAACAGCAAAAAACAUAAUACUUUUUGGAAUUAAAGAAAACAUUUUUAAAAAUAUAAUAUAAUACGACAUUUUGCCAAAACUGGAUUGCAUGCCUUGUGUUCUGUUUUGUGCCAUCUUUGUGUAUAUUUCAGUGACUCUUUUCUCCAAGCUCAUAACUUUCUUUGAAACCAAAAGAAAGAAAAUCUUAGGGGAUCCUUCUCUUGGUUGUAAAAUAUAAAGUUUUAAUCUGUGGUACUGAAUGGAAUAGAAAAAAAAACAGAAAACGGACUAAAACACUAUUAGUAUGAAAGUACUUGACGUCUUAUGUUGUUUGGCUAGAAAGCUUUACAUAUUCCAUUUCAGAUUUGAGUGCAUAUUUAAACUGACCUUUUUUAAUAUAUGCAUUUUUUUCAAUAGGCAUCACCGCUAGAGGAAUCCUUUUUACAAAGAUGUUAAAUAUGGAUGAAUUAGGGGUUUGCUGGGUAGCCAUUUUGAUGACAUUCUGAAAAUGUGUAUAUACCACAGAAACGGUGUUGAAAACAGGAGAGGUCUUUUUUUUUACAAACCAGAUUUUUUUUUUAAUGUUAUUGCGACGCAAAUUCCAACCAGUUGUAUUAACAUGGCAUGGCUUCUGCUGCUGUGUUUCUUGCUACGUUGUCAUUCAAUCUAAUUGCAGACCUUUAUAAGAGGUGGAAGACCUGUCUUUCAUAAUACCCAAGCUUCCUAUCAAAUGUAUUUAUGCACACACGUUUGCUUAUGCAUGCACGCUUAAACCCACUGUACACAUCCCACAUUGCACCAUAGCAUUAAUAAGAGUGAGAACAGAAAAUAUGCACUAGAAACUUUCAAAAACCUAACACCUCAUUUUCUCAAACCAUUGUAUUGCAGUAAAUCUAGUAAAUUCUUAAUGUAUAAAUUUGAAUGCUCCAGAACAUUGACCACAACUUCAAGAAUGUGACCCACACCUUGUCUUGAAUGUAGUCAAUGUUUACAGACCUGCUUCUUCAGUUCAUAGAUUUUGCUUAGAAUGUGCAAGCACACACUACCAUAAACAAUGUUCUGCCAGUGGAGUGCAUGUGCUUUGUGCAUACAGUUCAUACAUUUUAUUUGUGUUAAACCUGUGCUGCAGGUUUACCUCAAACCGUUGUAUUUGAAACAAGUUCAAAUUUAGAGCAGUAGCAGUUCUUAAAGCCAAUGGAUCCAAUCUAAAGACAGUAUGUAGUAGUAUUACCUCUUCACUUGUUUCUAUUGUGGUGCUGUUUGUGCAUCCCUAAUUUUAGUUGUGUGACCUUGAUACGUCACACCCACCAACCAUAACAACCUUUAACUUCAAUAGAUCUUUGGCUGCUAUUCUGCAUGCUUAAUUUAAUCUUCAUGUACUGUUAAACAUACAUCAGGCUUUACCUUAUUUACAUUGAAAGAUUAAGACUGCUCGGCAUGUGGUCCACAGUUUGCUGCUCCAAAUGCUUAUCCAUUACAGGGCCAACUGCUUAUGAACCCGUACAUAUAUAGUAUCAUGUCAUAUGUAUGCCUAUCCAAUGGCAUGGACACUCACAACAAUCAUUGUCAUAGCUAUUUAUAAAAUGAUACCUGUAGAUUGUAACAUGCAAUCAGAAAACAACGUUGAAGGUCAAUGCUGUCCAAUGUCAAGUGAAGAAAGGAUUAGUAGAGGACAUAUGACAAUACCACACGAGGCAAGGAAAGAAGUAUUCUCAGUCAAUACUAUGUAAAGUGUACAGUUUUUUGAAUACUUUUUAAACCUAGGUAGGUGGGAUGUUUCAUUGCUUAUUUUCACAUUUAUCUUUUCAUUUUUGCUAAUUAUAUUUAAUCAGUAUUUUUAUUAUUGACCUCAGUUACUGCACUUUUAGAUGCCAUUAAAGAAGACAUUUUUAUUUAAGUCAAAAUCGUUAGAAGCUGCUAUUAUCCGAAGAGGAUUUAAAAUCAUGUAUGAUGUCCGGUCAUUUGAAUCUCCUUUGGUAUUGCUACUAUAAUAGCUUUCCUGUGAUUCGUAUUCCCACUAGUUUUGCACCUGACAUUAUUAAGCCAAAUAGGAAGCCAAUGUUGAAUAUGUUUUGUAUGCUCAUCUUUCUUGAAUUCUGUACAUCUCGAGGUGGGAUCAAGACUUAUUUGAGAUGUGUGGCAUUCUAUGUAGGAGAAAAAAAGGCUGCACAUUGAGACAUUAUGUGAAGACAUUAAUACAUUUUGUUCCUCUUGACCAGGGCACAAGCUAUAUAAUUUCUGUGGUUCAUAGUUUAUGUAAUCCACCAUAUUUGGUGUGAAUUGUGGAGCCUAAACCAAUGACACACAAAUGGAGAAAGAAUGCUAAAUGAAGUGAUAACCAAAAAGGGACUCAAAGCAAAUACUUUUAGAAUUUUUUUAGAUAUGAAUAAUGGAUGUUUUUUAAGACAGCUUUGACAAUUGCAUGUAACACUUUAUACUUAAUAUAUAUAUCCGUGGUAAAAUGAAUUGUACAAUGUAGAUAUUAUUGAAAGGUAUGUAAUAAUCCUCAAGAUACUGAUGCUUUCAUUAGAGAUUGAACUGCAAUCGCUACAUAAUUCCAAUGUCUGUACUGCAGAUAUGUCUGUCAAUUGAACCUUUGGAAAGCCAUUUUAUACCAUUUGUAUGGAUCUAAGGGUUAUUUUGAGAUUAGAUUGCCUACCUUCAAUCUUAAACUGAAAAGACUUUGAAAAGAUGAUUGAAGACCUGACAUCUCCCCCUUACUUUCCAUCAUACAUACCCCUCCUUUUAACACCAUUCCAGGUUGGUUGUAAUUGUCAUUAUUUUUGGUGGCCAAAUAACAGUGAUCAUAUAGAACAUUGGGAGAAGGAUACAAGCUACAGACUGUGACUGUUUGUGUUUAAACCAUGUCUGACUCAAUAUGUGUUGAUUGUUUGGUUGAAGUUUUGCCAUUGGUUCUUUAUAUUGGACAAGGUACCGUUCAUAAGCCAUAAUGCAGAGACAUUAAUGGAAUGAUGUUUUCAGAUUAGAUGUUUGAUUUGAGGGCUUCACCUCUCUACUGUAACCACAGGAUCCCUUGCUGUACCUCAUGCCUGUAAUGUUUGCUGCUUCUAUAUUUUGGUACUUUAGUAACUUUUGCAUCUCUUACCAUUAGUGUAAAUAGUAGAACUAUUUAUUGAGAGUGUUAUACUUUUUUAAGUUAUAUUUAAUGUUCAUGUAAGUUAUUUUUUACAUUGCUCUUAUAAACAGACAUUGGUUGUGAGUCAAAACUGUUUGUGUGUCGCAAAGUGCUUUUCAAAAUAUACUCCAGGACCACAACCACGAAAUAAGUUGACAUCUUGGUCGAGCGGGUGGGUGGGCAUAGAUGGAUGCUAGUUUCAUCCAAUAAAAAGUCCCCAUGCUUAAACGUUACUGAGUGCAGUGCACAAAAGUAUCACUUUUUUUUGUUUAUUUUUCAAAUCCAGAAUGUACCGUUUAUUUUUGUCAUUGAUAACUUUGUAAAAGUUAAACAUAAUACACAAAGGAAAAGUAGAACAUCAUGAUAGAGUAGUAUGUUCCAGAGUACAUGUAACUCAGAUUGACACUAUGAGGGGAAUGAACAUGCCAUUCAAAGUGACCAGGGACUGCUUGGUGGCAGACAAGGAGGAUGGGGGUAAGGGAUGAGGCUGGGGGUGGUACACCAGGAGAUGUUGCAUAGGGCGAAUCAUGCAUGGAUGGCUUUUUCCAGCUUGUGGAAAUACUGUCCUUUGCCACAGGCUAACCAUAUCUGCUGAUUGGGAUGAGCACUGGAAUGAGUCAGAGUUUCUAUUUGACUUGGCAUGGCUUUCUUUCACCACCCCACCCCUCUCCUAAAAGACUUCCCCUUCUUGGCCUGUUUCUUUCUGGGAAAUGACCAGUAACAAGUGGGCUUUAGGGAAGUCAAAAGGCUGUCAAUAAUACAAAAUACUCAAGCUGAUGUUUGUGGAUUAGAUUUAGGAAACAUACUUUCUUUCUCUCUGAAACCAGGAAAUGAGGGAGGGCUUUUCUUAUGAUGACCAACCUUUAAGAGUGCAUGGAUGAGUCUUCUGGUUAAAGACUCAAGCUUCCAAAACCAAUGCUUGCCUUUUGUGGCAUAUGUCCAUGAGAAAUCAGCACAAAUUCAGCUUCUGUAGGACUACUACUCAGAGAGAGGGUGUGCAAGUGCAAGGUAGGUAGCUGCUGCCAAUGUGUUUAUUGGCUGAGAGUUAAACAUAUUGAUGUGCCAUCAUCUAUAAUAUUGUUUUCUUUCUAAAACUAUUUAAGGGCUCUGGUUUAUGGAAUGGUUCACUUGUGUCUGUUUUCCUUAAAUCCAUAUUCAGAAACAAAGUAUAAUUGUCCUUUUCUAAAUUAAAAAUAUAAAUUGAGUACAUAUUACAUGGACAUUUAGUGGUAUUAUUGCAAUAUUUUGUACCCACUCGUUCAGCAAAUAUAUUUUAAGAUGUAAAUAAUGCUAUUAUAUGGUUGUAUUUGAAAACCAUGUAUUAACUGUUAAGGGUAGUUCUUCAAAUUAUGUCAAAGGCAAUAUAAGAAAGAAUCAUAACUACAUUCUGCAUUGUGUACAAUUGUAGUACCACCUGCAUAAAAUAUACAUGAUGCUUCAUCAACACUUGUCAUCUGCAUUUAAGCAUUCAUAAAGUCUUUGUAUUGUCCAAAGAGUAAAACAUGAAGUCAAACAUUAUUUGUUGUAAAGAUUAAUAAAAUAAAACAAAAACAUAUGAUGUCAUUUACUUGCAGUCAGCUGAAAUUGGUGACCUAAAAUGUAUUUUGGUGGAAUAAAGCAAGCAUGGAUUUUUAUGACAUUUUGAAUAUCUAACAUUCAUGAAAUAAUUUACACCAAACGUGGCGACUCAACCUUUCUUGCUUAUUUAUAAAAGAGGGUGGUGCUCAGUCUUUCACCUUGAUUUGAAGUUCACUAUACUUACAGAGCCUAUCUGACCCACACAAACUAUCUUGAUGAUGGCUGUUUUGAAUGCAUACACAGUAUUCAGUUUUUUAGGCACAUACAGAUCAGACUUUUGUGUUCAGUGGAUGUUCCUCAUUACGGUCAUAUUUGUAUGGUUCCAAUCAUGCUUUAGAGUUCUGGAACAUGGCAAAAAUGUGUCUGAUGUGUACUAUAUUUC